ACACGUUACAGCCAGCUUUUACCCACUCCGCGAGGCCGCCAUUCAUUUUCACGUGCUAUAUUUGGGAUUUUUAACGCAUUUUAUUCGGUAGCGCGAGGAAAGCGGGGUUUCCUGGAUCGCGAGAAUGUCAGCCACCUUUCCGGGACUGGUUCACGAUGCGGAGAUACGUCACGACGGAUCAAACAGCUACCGUUUGAUGCAGCUCGGAUGCUUGGAAUCUGUGGCCAACUCCUCUGUCGCAUACUCUUCCUCGUCUCCUCUCACGUACCCAGCAACCGGAACCGAGUUUGCCUCCCCAUAUUUCCCUACGAACCACCAAUACACGCCCUUACACCAUCAGUCGUUUCAUUAUGAGUUCCAGCACAGUCACCCGGCCGUGAACCCGGACGCCUACUCGCUCAAUACGCUACACCACUCCCAGCAAUACUAUCAGCAGCUCCACCACGGCGAGCCGGCAGACUUCAUCAACUUACACAACGCCCGGGCGCUCAAGUCGUCGUGCCUGGACGAGCAGCGGCGGGAGCUGGGGUGUCUGGACGCUUACCGGCGACAUGACCUCUCCUUGAUGAGCCACGGCUCUCAGUAUGGGAUGCACCCGGAGCAGAGACUACUGCCCGGGGCCGGGCUGGGACUCCCGCCUCCGGGGGCCGAGGACCUACAGGGCUCUGUCGAUGCACAAUGUGGACUUGUUCUUAAUGGCCAAGGAGGUGUGAUUCGUAGAGGUGGCACGUGUGUGGUCAACCCCACAGACCUGUUCUGCUCCGUGCCUGGCAGACUGUCCCUGCUCAGCUCCACCUCCAAGUACAAGGUGACGAUAGCGGAGGUGAAGAGACGCCUCUCGCCGCCCGAGUGCCUGAACGCAUCCCUGCUGGGGGGCAUCCUAAGAAGAGCGAAGUCGAAGAAUGGCGGCCGGUGCCUGCGCGAGAAGCUUGACCGUCUCGGCCUGAACCUCCCGGCAGGCCGCAGGAAAGCGGCCAACGUCACGCUCCUCACCUCGCUGGUGGAAGGUGAAGCGCUCCACCUGGCGAGGGACUUUGGCUACACCUGUGAGACCGAGUUUCCCUCCAAAGCCGUAGGAGAGCACUUGGCCCGGCAGCACUCGGAACCGAAAGAACAGAACGCACGCAAGAAGAUGGUGCUGGCCACCAAGCAGAUCUGUAAGGAGUUUCAGGAUCUGUUGAGUCAGGACCGCUCUCCCCUGGGAUCCUCCAGACCCACACCCAUACUGGAUGUAGACAUUCAGAGACACCUCACACACUUCAGUCUCAUCACCCACGGCUUCGGCACGCCAGCCAUCUGCGCGGCCCUCAGCACCUUCCAGACCAUCCUGAGUGAGAUGCUCAACUACCUGGACAAGCACUCGGCCAGCAAAGGAUCAGGCACGCCCGAUGCCGGCCAGAUCAACACCAACGUCGAUAAGACGCCGAUGCGCAAGUCUGGCGACGCCCCCGCCAAAGACGGCAAGAUGGAGAAGACGGAAUGACUCUUUUGACUUCCUACUUCCUGUCAUUGGGAGGGGCACGGGGGGACACUUCCUGCUUAGUGGGGAAGAGUGAUUAGUGGGUGGGGUUUAUUUGUGCUGGUGGGUGGAGCUGGAACUGCCAAGGGGGUGUGGCUGAGAAGUUUGUUUUUUUCUUUUUUUUAAAAAACAUUUUCUUUCUUUUCUCUCUGCGGUCGUUUCUUGCUCUCUUUUUUGGGUUGAUUGUUGCACAUGUGCCUCUCUCUCUCUCUCUCCCUCUCUCUCUCCCUCUCUCUCUCCCUCCAUCUCUCCCACCUGUUCCUCUGUGUCUUUCCCUUUUUUUAGUUGAAACGACUGUAGUCUCUGCCACUCUCUCACUCAACCACACAAAAGUACAUUAUUUAUAUGUUUUUUAUAUGAAUGAAGUUAUUGAUUAUUUAUAUUGCUUAAAGAAAUGUUUUGUUUGUCCCUUGCGUUAUUAUAAAAUGUAAUAUCUUUUGAUUAAAAGAUAAACAUUCCAUCUC